AUGAUCCUUUUAGAAAUUAAUAACCGCAUCAUAGAGGAGACGCUGACGCUGAAGUUCGACGGCGCGUCCAAUGGAACCAAGCCAGAGGCUGUGGAAGUGACCUUUGCAGAUUUUGAUGGCGUCCUUUACCAUAUCUCCAACCCCAAUGGGGACAAGACCAAAGUGAUGGUCAGCAUCUCCCUGAAGUUUUACAAGGAGCUUCAGGAGCACGGAGCUGACGAGCUGCUCAAGAGAGUUUAUGGAAAUUUCUUGGUUGCACCUGAGGCGGGUUACAACGUGUCUCUCUUAUAUGACCUCGAAGCAUUGCCAGCCAACAAAGAAGCAGUUGUCCACCAAGCAGGGAUUCUCAAAAGGAACUGCUUUGCCUCCGUCUUUGAGAAAUACUUUAAGUUCCAGGAGGAAGGCAAGGAAGGAGAGCAGAGGGCCGUAGUCCACUACAGAGAUGAUGAGUCUAUGUAUGUGGAGUCGAAGAAGGACCGGGUCACUGUGGUUUUCAGCACAGUCUUCAAAGAUGAUGACGAUGUCAUUAUUGGAAAAGUCUUCAUGCAGGAGUUCAAGGAGGGCCGGCGAGCCAGUCACACUGCCCCACAAGUGCUUUUCAGCCACAGGGAGCCCCCCCUGGAGCUGAAGGACACGGACGCAGCAGUCGGAGACAACAUCGGAUACAUCACUUUUGUGCUGUUCCCCCGUCACACCAACACCAAUGCCAGAGACAACACCAUCAACCUCAUCCACACCUUCAGGGACUAUCUGCACUACCACAUAAAGUGCUCCAAGGCCUACAUUCACACACGUAUGAGGGCCAAGACGUCAGACUUCCUCAAGGUCCUGAACCGGGCCCGACCAGACGCCGAGAAGAAGGAGAUGAAGACAAUCUCGUAA